AUGGCACCAUUAUUAUCAAGGCCAGGGUUCAACAAUAUGCCGAGUCUCAGGUCUGAUAUAACCAGUUCUAAAGCAAGACAUAUCCUUGAUCCUGAGAAUAGUGGACAAAAUAUGAGUCUAGCAUGUCUUGCGUGCCACAGCGUAGAAAGUCCAUCACACUCCUUUAGAAGCUACUCAGUCUCGAGUUCAGACAAUGAAGGAAGAUGUUCUGCCAUUGCCAACUGCAUAACCCGGAAGUUAUCUCUUCCUCCUCCCAGAACCAACUCCUCUUUUGCAUCUUCAUCCAAAGUGACCCCACAACCAGCUAAUCCAAGUGAUGACGACAUGACAGGACCCCCACGACUAGUACGUAGUCGUGCCGUGAGAAGAGACCUUGUAAGAGAUUGGAAUUUUGAUGGUGUUGUGAUGGAGCGUUAA